UCUGCAUUAGGUAAGGAAUUUUAUACAGCUGUAUUAGCAGCCGCUUGCUACUCAAGGAAUUUGGUGGAUUUCUACCUUGGUCUUUGAAAUCAUUCUACCGCUAAUAAGUUACAUUCUACAGGUGUUUGCAUUGUCUAGUUAGAUUUUUGCUUUGGUUUAGGCCAAGGAAUUUAUCAAAGGGAUCGUAACUUUACAAAAAGUUCCAGAGUCUAAGGCUUACAAGGCCAUCGUCUCAUCUGUUCACAUGAGUAUUUAUUGACUUUGUAGGACAUCAGCGAGGGCCAAAAGUCACCAGCUUCUCAAGCUGGAGUGCCUCCAGUCAGACAAGAAACCAAGGGCAGACAGAUGAACACCGAAUUACCUGAUAUUAAGCAAGAACUUCCUGUACUUCUAGGCGUGGCAAGGUCACCAGAUGACAUGGAGACAAGCACCUCAAGAACCCAGAGUUUGGAUGUGGAAUGCUUACUUCCCCAUCCUGAGCAUUCUACAAAUUCAAAAUCCAGUGACUGCCAUAACGCUCCAUCGAGAUUGGACCCAUACAGCAGAUGGGUUAAACGUCUCAAACCAAGUGCUUCAGAUUCUUUUGGUUAUGGUACUAAAAGUUCAAAAGUUGAAGAAGCAUUAUCCCGUCGGAAAUUUAAUAAGUUGAUCGGCAAAAUGCCAAGACAUGGGAAAAGUAUUUCAGAACCAAAGAAAAGCAAUACUUGCGGUAAAGAGCAGGCGGUGACAGAUCAGACUGCAGAGUCACCUAGGAACGCUAAAUCCUAUUCCACUUACUUGGCAAGGAAAAGUCAAGAAAUAACACUCUCUCAUGCUUGGGUUCAGAGGUGGUGUCAUAAGCCAUCUGCAUCUCCAAAAAAGAAGCCCAUGGCUGUGGUAGUUUCUGAGCCAGAAUGUUCAGUGGCAACACUAGACUUCCAGAAGAAGCAGUUUGCUAGCAUUGCUGCUAUGGCUCUGAUGGGGAAGGCCAUGAGUGGUUUUCGUCCAUGUGAAUUCAGAAAACGGGGGUCUUCUGUCAUCUGGAAUACCAGGGGAUUCAGAGAUGAGCUUUCCUGAGAAAAUGCUAGGAUUGAAGAGCAAUACAGGCAGCCACAGCAUGUGCCGGUUAUCCUAGCAGUUGACAUUAGUGCAACAAGUUGAAAUCUUUAUCCAUCAAUCCUCCAUCAGAUCAGUAGACUGGAGAUGGAGUCUGUAGAGCCUGAAUGUUGCUUUGUUAUGUAUCCUGCCUGAAUUUGUUUAUAUUUCCUGCUUUCCACCAGUGAUCAGAUAAGGCAUUGUGGAUGGAUCUUAUGUGAGAUUUGGAAGAGGCCUUGUUUCAUCAAUGUAGCCAUUUAGGUUGAGAAAGGGCAACCCAGCCCCUGCUGCUUCACAUUGCAAAUCUUAAAGAACAUGGCCACAUUCAAGCAUGUCACCUAUUGAUCCUCCAUAUGCACUGCAAGCAAACUGGAGUAAUGCUGUAAUACCUGGAAUCAGAAACUAAAAAUAAAAGAUUUAAAGAAUGGAAGGGAUUGUGCUUCGUCAAAUGUAGAUGCGUAAUAAUCGCAUAUCCAUGUACAGUUUGCAUGCAGAAAUAUAUCAGCAGACCUCACAUCAGCUUUGGUUUUCACGUGUACACAAGUUUGGUCUUUGACUUUUGAUAUUUUAA